AUGCGUUAUUUAAUGGAUCAAAUGAUCUAUGAAACAUUUCGGCAACAUUGGUUUGAUUUUAUUACAAUGAAAAAUGAAUCACAAGAGAUGACUCAACAAAUCGAUGAUAAUGGUCAUUUAAUUCGUUUAAAUUAUUUAUAUGAACAAGGUCCAAGAUGUCAAUUCAAUCAAGAAUUCUAUCAACUUUGGUCCAGUUAUUUUAAAAAUCAUUCAAGACUUUCCGAAGAAAAAUCGAAAGUGAUUCUAACAACAAAACAUGUUCAUUCUUUGAAUGUUCUAUUGGCUCAAUCGAAAUUAUAUCAUCAAGGACAAGUUUGA